GCAGCCCUCAGAGCUCUCUGCUGCUGGGUGCACUGGACCAGAGAGGACAAUUACAUGUUCAGGCUCUCGGCGUCCCGGGAUCCGCUCUGGAAGUGGCUGCGGGACAACCCCGGCGCCGUCUGCCCCGCGCCCUUCUACCAGCGCGUGCUGGGCUGGCUGGAGGAGGAGCUGCCGGACCUGUCGGUGUCUCGGGAGAGAAGCCGGCUGCAGUGGGGCAUCCCGGUCCCCGGCGACCCCACGCAGACGGUUUACGUGUGGCUGGAUGCCUUGGUGAACUACCUGAGCGCCGUGGGCUACCCCGAGAGGCAGGCGGCACAGUGGUGGCCCGGCGCCCACCACGUCGUGGGCAAGGACAUCCUCAAGUUCCACGCCGUCUACUGGCCCGCGCUGCUGCUGGCGGCGGGGCUGGCUCCCCCCGCGCGGAUCUUGGUGCACUCCCACUGGACCGUCCGCGGGCAGAAGAUGUCCAAAAGCCUGGGCAACGUGGUCGAGCCCUUGGCGUGCAUCGGGCGGCACACGUUGGACGGGUUCCGGUACUUCCUGCUUAGGCAGGGCGGGCCCGAGCGGGACCGCGACUUCUACGAGGAGAAGUCUUGCUUUCCAAGGAUCCUGGACUUCAGGGAGGAGAAGGCCGUGGGGAGGGCUUCUGCCGAGGACUACGAGCUCGUGGCGUCGGUGGCCGCUCUGCCUCCGCAGGUGGCCGGAUAUUUUGAGGGCUUCCAGAUCUACAAGGCUUUAGAGCGCAUCGCCCUGUGCGUGAGGCAGACCAACGGCUUCUUCCAGAGACACCGGCCCUGGAAACUGGACCGCAGCGACCCCGCGGAGCAGCUGUGGCUCGACACCGUCCUCCACGUGACGCUGGAGUGCCUGCGUGUCUACGGGACCCUCCUGCAGCCCGUCAUCCCGCACGCCGCCGGCCGGCUGCUGUCCAGGCUGGCUGUGGCGCCGGAGGAGAGAGGCCUCUCCAAUGUGGCGUUCCUGCCGCGCUACAGCGGGAAGCCGUGUCCCUUCGAAGGGAGGCAGCUGGGACCCGACACCGGCGUCUUGUUCCCCAGGCUGGAGAAGCCAGGGCAGCCUCGGGCAGAAAGCAAGAGGCUGUAG